CAGCUGCCGGCGCCUGGUCACUGUCAGUUAACGUUACUCGAAAGCAGCGAUGAAGAACAAGAACAAGCAGACAAAAUUCCCCGUAGCACGCAUAAAGAAGAUAAUGCAAAAGGAUGAAGACGUUGGGAAAGUGGCACAGGCUACGCCCAUUGUUAUCUCGAAAGCAUUGGAAUUGUUUCUUGCUUUGAUUGUCGAAGAGGCCAGUAGAGUAACCACAGACAGAGGCUCAAAGAAGGUCGAAGCAUAUCACCUGAAACAUGCUGUAGAAACUACGGAAAUGUUCGACUUCCUCAAGGAAAUAGUUGAAUCAGUACCCGACCCUUCUGCUGGAGGUACAGUCGACCUGGAAGCUGAAAAUGCUGAGAAAGAGAAGAGGAAGAGAAGUAAAGGCAAGAAGGCAGCUGCUAGUGAAAAGAACGGCGCGCCUACCACCAAAAGGCGCAGGAAGAAAAAAGAAGACAUCCCAAAAAUUUCCAGGCCAGACGAAGGUGGACGAUCUGAACAGGAACAGGACACUAUGGAGGAGGAUGACGACGAUCAUCAUGACCACCGACGGCGAAAUGGAAUGCAUGUCGACGAUGACGAUUGGGAUGAGGACAAGCCUUAUAUACCUGCCGCGGGAAGGUAGAAAUGGUUUCAAAGAUUUUUAUUGCGGGUUGCGGAUGACGUUUUAUAAGUAGGCACUUGUUGUAAUUUUCGGAAUGCUUAAGCCUAUUGUAUUUACACUACUAUGUCCCACCUCAUUGCG